AUGAGCUCCCCAGACAUCACAAAGCUAAUUCCAGGUCUUGUUUGUGUUCCCAGGGACAACAUUGGAGAGUUUCUAAGCAUGAAUCCAACCAUCCCAGCGUGGGGCAUCGCUCAAACAACAAUGAAUGGAGGUUACGAGCCUUCUCCCCCAAAUACAGAUUACCUGGAGAUGGAGCCACUGAUCUUCCAGAUAUUAACCCUCAUCAUUGCCGCAGUUGGACUAUUGGCUAAUGGAGCUGUGAUUUGGAUUCUGGGCUUCCGCCUGAAAAGAAACUUCUUCUCGGUCUACAUUCUCAACCUGGCCGUGGCUGAUUUCUUCUACCUCUUCCUUGAGUUUAUUUUCCACCUGAUAUAUUUCAUUUCCAUUCCACAAGACUAUAUUUGGAUUUUCUUCAUUAGAAUUUUAUGUAACUUGCUGUAUGUAGUAGACCUGAGCAUUCUCAGCUGCAUCAGCACUGAACACUGCCUGUCUGUCCUGUUCCCCAUCUGGUACCGAUGCCGACGCCCAAGACACACUUCAGCUGUCACGUGUGCUCUGCUCUGGACCUGGUCCCUGCUGCUGAUCAUUCUGCAAAACAUGCCACAUUUCUUCGAUAGUGUUCCUUACACUGAAUUUUUUAUUUUCUUUGCCACAUGGCUGUCUUUCUUAUUUGUGACACUGUUAGUGUCUAACAUGGUUUUGCUGGCUAAGAUGUUCUAUGGUUUCCUGAAGAAGCUGACCAGGUUCAAUGUGACUAUUUUACUGACAGUGUUUAUUUCUCUCCUCUGUCUGCUGCCUGUCAACAUUCUUCAAUAUUUCUAUUUGUUUACUUCAAUUCCAGUUUUUGGUCCCUGGAUUCCACUUCUCACCUGUAUUAACAGUACUGCCAACCCUGUUAUUUACUUUUUCGUUGGUUCUUUUAGGCAGCGGCUGAGGGUGCAGAGGGUGACCCUCAAGAUGGUUCUCCAGAGGGCGCUACAGGACACUCCUGAUGGAGAGGAACCUGGAGAAAGUCUCCCUCAGGAGUCUGUGCAGAGGCCAGGGACUAGUGAGGUGUAG